AUGUACAAGUUCUCCUGUACUGAAACAGAAUACGCCUUCAGAGCCAUCAGCCAGGGGGGGCUGACCACUGUGGCUGUGAGAGGGGAGGAGUCUGUGGCCGUGGUCACCCAGAAAAAAGUGCCGGACACGCUUCUGGAUCCCAGCACGGUCACCAACCUGUAUCGCCUGACAGAGACCAUCGGCUGCGCCAUGACCGGCAUGAGCGCCGACGGCCGGUCCCAGGUGCAGCGCGCCCGGCACGAGGCCGCCGAGUGGAAGUACAAGAAGGGCUACGAGAUCCCGGCGGCGAUGCUGUGCCGGCGUAUGGCUGACAUCUCACAGGUCUACACCCAGAACGCCGAGAUGAGACCCCUGGGCUGCUGUAUGAUUUUGAUUGGGAUCGACCCUGAACUGGGCCCCCAGCUGUUCAAGUGUGACCCGGCCGGCUACUACUGCGGCUACAAAGCAACCACUGCUGGGGCGAAGCAGACUGAGGCUAACAGCUUCCUGGAAAAGACUUUGAAGAAGAAACGGGACUCACCUGUGGAUCCUGUAGAGCUGGCGAUUACUUGCUUGUCAACAGUCCUCUCCCAGGACUUCAAGGCCAGCGAGAUCGAAGUGGGGAUAGUGACAAUGGAGCAGCCCGGAUUCCGGAUGCUGACCGAGGAAGAAAUCGAGCGGCACCUGGUUGCCAUCGCGGAAAGGGAGUGAGCUCAGUGACCACUGUGGAGUCCUUCAGGUUACGGGCGUGGACAAGAACCCACUUCUGAACAGGACCCCUCGAAAGCCUGGACCUGCGUUAUCCUGUUAGCAGGGGGAUUUGCCCAGAGCAAUGGGCUGAAGUAACACUGGCCUGCAGUACUUUUAAAAACGUUUAAUUACAACCCUCCUAAUCCAGGUCCUUCCUGACCCCCGUGGCAGCCGAGAGCCUGGAGCAUGAGAUUUCGGUCUCCCUCUCGGGCCUUGUCUUUGUGAAGAAAAGAAGCAGCAUUUAGACUGACAUGCUUAAUCUCUAUGGGACGAGUGUAAAAUUAAGCCCGGGCAUAGGUCUUCACAGCUUUGGCCAGCCUGGUAAAACCUCACCCUGCGUCCAGUUCUGGUACCCACAACUCAGGAAGGAUGCUGACAAAUUGGAGGGGUCAGAGAAGAGCUAUGGAAAGGAUUAAAGGUUAGAAAACCGCCGUAAAGUGACAGACUCAAUGAGCCCCAUUGAUUUAGCUUAACGAGAAGGGGAAGCGUAACUCGAUCCCCGUCGAUCAGUACCUGCAUUAGGGAAGUGAAAUUGCAAGUAAUUGACUAAUUGAAUAGUUGAUGCAUUUUGCCUCAACUAUUCGAUUAGUCGAGAGGGCGCCUCCAGCUUCCACGUGUAGCACCAGCUCUAGGGCUGUUGCUACACUUCAAGGGCGAAAACACUGCGGGGAGCCCCAGGUCAGCUGGGGGUUCCCCGCUGACCCCAGGCUCCACGUGGAGCUGUCGGUUUGAAAAGCCGCAGGGAGCUCGGUGCCAGGCUCCUCGUGGCGUUUCAAAGCUGCACUCCGCACGGAGCCUGCGGCGGAAUCCCCAGUUGAUCCCAGGCUCCACGGGACUCUGCCGCUUUGAAAUGCUGCGUGCAGCUGGGGGACACCCCAGCUAGCCCCGAAAGCAGCAGAGCUGCGUGGAGCCCAGGGUCUGGCCCGACUCCAUAUGGCACCGCUGCUUGGAAGUACCCACUCUUCCCACCCCACUUGCUGCCUCUUUCUGAUAGAAGCAGCGGGGGGUGGGGGCGCGAGGGUGGAGAAACAACUAGUCCUUUACGUCCCUAGCCUGCAUGGGGGCAAAUCUUUACUAACUGGCUCUUUGGUCUGAGAGAGAAAGGUCUGGUUCAGUCCAAGGGCUGGAAGUGGAAACUAGACCAAUUCAGACUGAAAAGGAGGUGUGAAAUGGAGCAAUUUACCAGCCUCAUGAGGGAUUCCCCUCGCUGGCUGUUUGUAAAUCCAGAUGGGCUGUUUACCUCCUCUGGAAAUUAUUUGAGGGCAGGUGUCUGGUCUGUGCUCUGUGCUCAUCAGGCAAUUUCCUAUCUCCUCCCCCUUAGCAAAACAGAGCCAGGAAAGGGAAUGAUCCGUUCGCAGGUCUCCAAUGGGCCCAUGUGGCCUUUUACAUCAGAGGCUGACUUUAAUCAGCACGGCUGCGGGUGUGGGCAAGCCUGUAAAACUGUGCUUAAUUUGUAUGGGAGUGGUGCGUGCAGGAAUUCAGUGCGUGCAGGAAUGGAGCGUGAGACAGGAUCCGUUACUAGGAGAUCUCAGGCCUUGUCCUUACACUACAGAUGACACUGGUUUAGCUAGUGCCGGUGGCUAAACACCCCGUGUAAACGUGCUCAGGCCAGGGGAAUAGCUUAAGCAAUAUGACUGCAUCUUCCUCGGGAGCUUUCCCUGUACCAUAUGGGCUGCUGGACUGUAGCUGUACCAGCGACACAGGGUUAACCUAGCGCUGUACCGAGGUUCAAGAGCUCUGGGUUAAAUUUCUUGGGUUGGUUGAGUUUGGAAAGGGGAAGACCGAGAGGGGACAUGGUAGCGGCUUUCAAGUACCUAAAAGGGUGUUACAGGGGGGGAAGGAGAAAAAUGGUUCUUCUUGGCCUCUGAGGGUAG